CCUCUGUCCGUGGGAUUUCCCAAGCAAGAAUACUAGAGUGGGUUGCCAUUUCCUCCUCCAGAGGAUCUUCCCGACCCAGGGAUCGAACCUGAGUCUCCUGCAUUGCAGGCAGAGUCUUUACCACUGAGCCACCAGGGAGGAUACCACUACCUAAAGGCUUCUAGCUCCAGGGAGCCGUGUGAAGGCCCGGGAGACAAUGGUCUCGGUGACUAUGGCCACUUCCGAGUGGAUCCAGUUCUUUAAGGAAGCUGGCAUUCCUCCAGGACCUGCUGUCAAUUACGCCGUGAUGUUUGUGGAUAAUAGAAUCCAGAAGAGCAUGCUGCUGGACCUCAACAAGGAGAUCAUGAACGAGCUGGGCGUGACCGUGGUGGGCGACAUCAUUGCCAUCCUCAAGCAUGCCAAGGUGGUACACCGCCAGGAUAUGUGCAAAGCUGCCACUGAGUCGGUGCCCUGCAGCCCCAGCCCCCUCCCAAGCGAGAUUCGUCGAGGUGCCUCUAGCGCCGCCUCCCGAAUGAUCACCAACAGCCUGAACCGAGACUCCCCACCCGGCACCCCCCCGAGGCGGCCAGACACCAGCACCUCCAAGAUCUCUGUCACCGUGUCCAACAAGAUGGCAGCAAAGAGUGCCAAGGCUGCCGCCCUGGCCCGCCGAGAGGAGGAGAGCCUGAGUGUUCCCACCAAGCGGCGCCGGGUCACCGCCGAGAUGGAGGGGAAGUACAUUAUCAACAUGCCCAAAGGCACCACCCCCCGGACCCGGAAGAUCCUGGAGCAGCAGCAGGCAGCAAAAGGUCUCCACAGGACAUCUGUGUUUGACCGCCUCGGCGCUGAGACCAAGGCAGACACCACAACGGGGAAUAAACCCACCGGAGUCUUCAGCCGCCUGGGGGCCACGCCCGAGACAGACGAGGAUCUGGCUUGGGACAGCGACAACGACAGCAGCAGCAGCUCUGUCCUGCAGUACGCCGGGGUCCUGAAGAAGCUGGGCCGCGCCCCGGCUAAGGCCAGCCCGCAGCCUGCACUGACUGUCAAGGCCAAGGCGACGAGCUCGGCGCCGACCGCUCCCGCCCCCACGCUGCGGCGCCUGGCCCUCUCUUCGCGCCCAGCGUCCGAGAAGAAGCCAGAGGCCCUGUCCAAAGUCAGCAUCAUCCAGAGACUGGGCAAGCCUGCCCUCGUGCCCGAGGCCCAGGACAGCCAGGUCACCAGCACCAAGAGUAAGUCCUCAGCUGAGGUCAAGGUCACCAUUAAGAGGACUCUGGUGGGGCCCCGGGGGAGCAGCUCCAGCGAGGGCCUGGGUGCCCAGAUGGACCACGCGGGCACCGUGAGCGUAUUCAAAAGACUGGGCCGGAGGACCUUCUAGCCCGCGGGCGGGGCGCAGGCCCCUUUCCUGACUCCCGGCUCCGUCAGUCUUCAGCAAGGGCGCAUCGCCCCUCCCUGCCGGCUUCCGGACGACUUGUCGCCCCCUUAGGUGUUCCACUGGCCUGAGCUUUCCAGGGAGCCACCUGGGUGUUCUGAGUCCGAAAGGUCGCCGUGGCCCGGCCUUGCCACUCUGGGUCUUCCUUUCCCUCCCGUCCUCUGCUCUCGCCUCUUGACUGUGGCCUUGGCAGGACCACCCCCACUUUACCUCUCCCGAUGCCAAGGACGCUUCUUCUCCCCUCCAUGCCCUUCCUCUCUCCCAGCAGCAUCUGCUGCCUCAAACCCGCAUUCUGGGGCCUCCCUGUUCCCCAGAGUGGGUGCACCUGGAGGGGCUUCUGUGUCCCCUACCCUGUGACUUCCUUGCCCGCCUGCCUCUGCCCCCCGACCCCCACUGCUUUGCCCUCCCCCACUCUCUCCCGAUCUUCACUCUGUUCAUUUCUUUUCUGUUUUCUGUCCCCGUGGCAAGGCCCGACUGUCCGCUGCGUCCUGCCUGACCCUCCUGCACCUCCGGCCUCCCAGCGGCGCCCUCGUCGGCGGUGGCGUCGAGCCAGUAGAGACUGUUAGCCGCCCUCACUCCCAGGCUGGAGGGACCUCCCCAGAUCCCGGGCUGUAGCCAGGGCACCCGCCCGGGCCUCUUUUCUCCUUGAAAGUCUGUGGCGGGCGGCGGGUAAGGGGCACGGAGAUCGGAAGCCAACACCGAGAGAAGAAAACAGCUAUUUUAAUAUAUUUUUGUGACUUUCAGACUGUUUCCCUACCCUUGUUCAGGGUGAGUUGCAGGAUUGUUUUUUACACGCAGCACAGGGUGGGUGGGGUGCCCGUGGAGAGUUGGGCAGCUCCCUGCACACCUGUAGGCUGUGGUUUUGCUGCCAGCUCUGAGGUGAAAGGAGUAAGUCACGGUCAUCAUCCACUUGGGCCACCUCCUCCUGCUCUGGGCACCCCCAUGGGUUCUGUCUGUCUGCCCUCCUCGUCAUAGGCUUCCCCUGUUUCUGCCAGUCUGCCUGUGACGGGUUUUCCAGAUUACAGCUCCGUUGUGAGUCUGUGGGUUCCUAUGGACUGGGCUGUUCACCCUCUCAUUGCUGUGCAGUACCUGCUGUCUGCCAGGCCUGUUCUAGGGGCUGGGGUUCCAUCCGUGAGCCAAGCAGACCCAUCCCUGUCUGCAUGGCUGACCUCGCCAGCCAGAGAGACAAGUGGUAAAGUGAUCACGCUGCUCAGAGUAGGAAGGAUGAGCGCCCAUGAUCAGGGUCUCUUUAGACAUUUGGGGCAAGAAGGCCUUUCAGAGGAGGUGACCUGUAGGGUGGUUUACGUGAAGUUCAGGAGGAGAGUGCUCAAGCAGGGUAAACAGGCAAGGGCAAGGCCCCAAGGUGGGACGGGGGGACACGGAGGAGACCAGCGUGGCUGGUGACCGAGUGAGUGAGUGAUGUGCCUAAGGAAUUUGAAUCCUUUCCCGAGAGCAUUGAGGAGUUUGGGAGAAUUUGAGACUAACAAGUGGUGAUCUGAGUUGCCUUGUAUGAAGGUUGCUGGGGCCACCAUGAGGAGUUGUCAGGAGGGUGGGAUGGAGGCAGGGAGGCAACCUGGGGGGAAGUGGUGGGCUGGGGAGGAGAUGCAGGGGUGGACUUUGGGGGUGCCUUGAGAGGGGCAGCAGGGUUCUCCCUGCAGAUGUGUUGGAAUUUGGGAAAAGACAAGGGGCUGGAUCACACCUGGAUGGGGGACUUGAGCAUCCAGAGGAACGUGCUGUUCUGUAGCGCUGGGUGGGGUGGGAGGGCACUCAGGUUUCACCAGGUUGACUGAGAGGUGAGCAGCCUGUGGGGAACGCUCAGGGCACAGGCUUGUUCACAGCCGCAGGCCUGGUGAUACCAGCUGGAGAAGAACCUAGAGAGAGGAGGGGACCCAGAAGGGAGUGGGGGUGCUUUUCCCACCUAAAGAAUAGUCUCUGAUAAGGAGAUUACCAAGGAGUGGUCAGGGAGUUAGGAGGAGAACUGAGAGCAGGUAAAGGUGAGGUUAGACUGCAUCCUUUUUUUUUUUGCAUUGUUUUUUUUUCCAUUUUCCAUUUCAACACAACACUGACCAUUUGAACCGUUCUUACGUGCCCUCUUCAGCGGCUCCAAGUGCAUUCAUACUGUUGUAUAACCGUCACCCAUCUUCAGACCUGUUUUUGUUUUCAUAAACGAUCAUCCGUUUAUU